AACCACAAACCGCAGAAAAUGGUUAUCUCUAUGGAUAGAUGGUCAGGCAAAGUUGCCAUCAUCACCGGCGCUAGUUCUGGAAUUGGUGCUGCCACAGCAGAAGCUCUUGUGGAAAGCGGUUUAACUGUCGUAGGUUUAGCUCGUCGUUCACAGCUCGUAGACGAACAAGCGAAGAAGCUCUCCAACAAAAAAGGAAAACUCCACGCUUUCAAAUGUGAUGUUUGUAAAGAAGAAGAUAUUUUAAGAGCCUUCGACUGGAUAACCCAAAAUUUGGGACCGGUUCACAUUCUCAUCAACAAUGCCGGGAAUGGAUCAGGGGACAAAUACCUAACUGAAGGAACAACAGAAGAUUGGAAGACAAUUUUCGACGUGAAUGUUUUGGGACUCUGCAUUGCCACAAGAGAAGCAGUGAAAAUCAUGAAAGAAAACAAAAUCAAUGGACACAUUGUACAUAUUAACAGCAUUGCAGGUCACAAAGUGAUAAAUGUCAACGCCAUGAGUGUGUACCCUGCAUCGAAAUUUGCUGUAACAGCUUUGACGGAAACACUACGACAAGAACUGAACCAUCUUGGGCUCAAAAUCAAGGUUACUAGUAUUAGUCCUGGUUUUGUCGAAACUGAGAUGACAGUCCUUAAUAAGAAUAUGACACCAGAACGGGAAGAGUUAUUUAGAGCUAUACCUUUUUUGAAGAGUGAAGACAUUGCUGAUGGCGUUGUUUAUGUGUUAUCAACACCAGAGCACGUUCAGGUUCAUGAACUCACCAUCAAACCAGUCGGCGAAUUAUAUUAAAAUUUUAGUUUGUGUUUGCUGUAUA